AUGUUUCUGGGAACAGUGGCAUCGAUUAUCCUUGCUCUUGGCCUUAUCAGAGGGGCAUACCAGCAGGCAAAGGUGAGCUCACCCGCCCAGAUGGUGAUGGUUAAAGGAAACGGCAUCAAUCCAAAGCCUGAGUGCUAUCAAAUAUAUCAGGGUCCGAUGCAGGCUCCUGUCUGUGCGACGUUUUCGCAGCCGGUAGUAACAACAGGAGUGGUUUCCCAAGGAUCAGACCAGUCCAGGCUCAGCCCAGACCUUGUAAGGCUGAUCCAAUCGAUUCCAGGCGCAUCUGAGAAGCUGUCGAGCUUUCUCGAGUACAAGGGGAUAACCCAGCCAUGGCCAGAAAUAUUCGACUUCAGCUCGGACAAGCACUACGGCCUGCCUGCUCCAGAGCCUAUGUUUUCUAAGAUACAGUCUCUGCUGAACGUUCUUGAAGACAUCAAAGAGCUUCUGUCGAACGAGCUGUUCAAGGUAGAGACAUACAUCAGCAGAGGAAAGGGCCAUCUCUGCGAAAGCAUCAAGAAACUUAGGAGGUACGACGGGAUCCUGAAGAAAUAUCUGAAGAAGAUAUCAUCUGCAAAGACAACCAAGUCCAAACACAACUAUGCCACCAAGUACACAGAGUUUAGCGAAAAGGCGCACGAGGAAGCGAAGGCAUAUUACGAGACAAAAAAGUGGUUACAGACGAUAGUAGCAUUGUUUAGAUCUCUUAUUUAG